AUGUCAAAUCCAUACAACAUCUCACAACAUCAACUUAGGCAACAAGGUCAAUUAUCUCUAAACAAUAAACAAAUCAAUAUGUACUCACAAUACAGUAAUAGAAGCGGUGCAUUAAACCAAUCACAAUAUUCUCAAGGUCAGCAUAGACAACAACCUCACGGCAAUAACUUAACUGGAUCAAAUAGCAGUGUUCAUGGUAAACAGUCAAUGUUAAUGGCAAAUAAUGAUGUAUUUACAAUUGGUCCAUAUAAAGCUAGAAAAGACAAAGAAAGAAUAUCAGUGAUUCAAAAAUAUGAAGUUAUUGGUUAUAUUGCAGCCGGUACGUACGGUAAAGUGUAUAAAGUGAAGAGAAGCCCUAAUUAUGGUGAAUUGGGUCAACAAAAGAGUUUAAGUUCAGAGAAUAGGAAUAACAAUUUAAGUGAUAAUAAUUUAUCGGAUGAAAUUAUAUUCACAUCAUCACCUACUCACUGUAAAAGCAAUAGUUCUAAUGAUUCAAGCUCUAAUUCUAAAAAUUAUACCCAAACAUCACUUAAUAAAGCCAAGCCCAUCCCCUCGAAUUUAAUAAAUGAUAAUAUAAUGGACAUUGAUUCUGAUAGCUCUAUUUACAACUCUAAAUCUGGAAUGUUCUACAAAGAUAGUGACCCAAAAUCGAAAAGAAAUAUACCAAAUUCAAUUAAGAAGACUCAACGACCAAUUUAUUAUGCUAUCAAAAAAUUUAAGACUGAACGAGAAGGUUUUGAACAGUUACAUUAUACUGGUAUAUCACAAUCAGCAUGUAGAGAAAUGUCUCUAUGCAGAGAGUUAUCUAAUAAUCAUUUGACAAAAUUAAUUGAAAUAUUUAUGGAAAAAAAGAGUAUCUAUUUGGUGUACGAGUAUGCAGAGCAUGAUUUACUACAAAUAAUUCAUUUUCAUUCCCAUCCAGAAAAGAGGAUGAUUCCACAAAGAAUGAUAAGAUCCAUUAUGUGGCAAAUAUUAGAUGGUGUAUCAUACCUGCAUCAAAAUUGGAUUCUACACAGAGAUUUAAAACCGGCUAAUAUUAUGGUUACUUCCAGUGGAGUAGUCAAAGUUGGUGAUUUAGGUUUAGCAAGGAAAUUUCAUAAUAUGGUACAAACUUUAUAUACCGUUGAUAAAGUUGUUGUGACGAUAUGGUAUCGUGCACCUGAAUUAAUGUUAGGGGCUAAACAUUAUAUGCCAGCUAUUGACUUAUGGGCUGUUGGUUGUAUUUUUGCUGAACUCAUUGGUUUACAACCAAUAUUUAAAGGGGAAGAGGCUAAGAUGGAUUCUAAGAAGACCGUUCCAUUUCAAGCAAAUCAGUUACAGAAAAUUAUUGAGGUUUUAGGAACACCGUCUCCUAAAAAUUGGCCCAACAUUGAACAGUAUCCAGAAUUUGAACAACUGUUAAAAUUUCCAAAAUGUAACGAUACAUUACCAGCUUGGUAUCAUUCAACGGGUGGUAAGGAUAAAAAUGCUCUAAACUUAUUAUAUUGUCUGUUGAAAUAUGAUCCUCUAACAAGAAUAGAUGCUUUGCAAGCUUUAGAUCAUGACUAUUUCACAAAUGGGGAUUAUCCUGUCUGUGAUAGUAUAUUUGAUGGGUUAAACUAUAAAUACCCUGCAAGAAGGAUACACACAAAUGACAAUGAUAUUGUUAAUGUGAGUGUGAACAAAGUUAGAAGUAAUACACAACAGCAAAACCAAUCAUCAAAUGCAUCAGUAAACACACUUGGUGGAUUGGGUGUUAACCGUAGGAUCUUGGCUGCUGCUGCCGCUGCUGCCGCUGCCGUGUCUAAUAAUGGCUCCAAUGGACAAUCUUCCUCUAGGAAAUCAGAACCUUACCGCAAAAGAAGGAAAUAA